GGUUCCACCCGGCCCCCGGAAACAGCCCUGUGUGGCGGGUGCUGGUCUCAGCCCCUGCGCGGAGCCAGAGUCUCUUUGGAGCUGGGCGGACGCUUCCCCCGCCCCCCUCAGCCCAGCGCGUCUCUCAGCGCGGCGGCGGCCGGAGGAGGAGGUGGUGGGCGCGAGACCCCUCAGCAGAGCCGCCGCCACAGCCGGGCAGAUUCUGUUUACUUCUGUCAAAUAGCUGCAAUCCAAAGAUGGCUGCAAAUAAGCCCAAAAGUCAGAAUUCUUUGGCUUUACACAAAGUAAUCAUGGUGGGAAGUGGUGGCGUAGGAAAAUCUGCCUUAACACUGCAAUUCAUGUAUGAUGAGUUUGUGGAAGACUAUGAACCCACCAAAGCAGACAGCUACAGAAAAAAGGUAGUUCUGGAUGGGGAAGAGGUCCAAAUAGACAUAUUGGAUACAGCAGGCCAGGAGGACUAUGCUGCAAUUAGAGAUAACUAUUUCCGAAGUGGAGAGGGAUUUCUGUGCGUCUUCUCUAUCACAGAGCUGGAAUCUUUUGCAGCUACAGCAGACUUCAGGGAGCAGAUUUUAAGAGUAAAAGAAGAUGAAAACGUUCCCUUUCUGCUAGUUGGUAAUAAAUCAGAUUUGGAAGACAAAAGGCAAGUUUCUGUAGAGGAAGCAAAGAACAGAGCUGAUCAGUGGAACGUUAACUAUGUGGAAACUUCUGCUAAAACGCGAGCUAAUGUUGACAAGGUAUUUUUUGAUUUAAUGAGAGAAAUUAGAGCCAGAAAGAUGGAAGACAGCAAAGAGAAGAAUGGAAAGAAGAAAAGGAAAAGCCUAGCUAAGAGGAUCAGAGAAAGAUGUUGCAUUUUAUAAUCAAAGGCCCAACUCCUUUCCUUCCUUGACCAUGCUAAUAACCAUAAUUUAUAAGCAUGCCAUCAAAGGCUUAAAUGACUGAAAUUUAACAUUUUGGAAAUGGUAAUGUAUUACUAAAAGCAUGAAUUGGAACUGCACAGUUACAUUCACUGAAAAAAUUUAAUGUGGCCUCAAGAGAAGCAAAGUUCAACCCAUUUCAUAAUUGCCUACCUUCACUGUUCUUCUGAAUGUAGUAUUUCAUAGGCGGUCUUUCUUUAACAGUAAACAGAAGGAAGAAUUACUUUAUGUGGUUUCUUGUAAAGCAUAAAUUUUGUAUCACUAAAUCUUCAACUUUGUCUUGUCUUCUACUGCCUUGCAAAUUACAAUUGUGAACAUACCAAACUGGUAUACAGCUGUUUUGCCAUUAUGAGUUAUGCAAAUUAUAGAAGAGAUGAUGAUUCAGGCAGUGUAUCUGCAUACAGUUAUAUUGAGUCAUUCCUAUGUGGGUCUGCAUUAUCUGAUUAAUUUAAAGUGGUGUAAAUUUUUAAAUGGAAACAUUUGAAUAUGCCUUAAUUUUAAAAACUUAGAAAUAGCAGAUUACGUAGUUAAGGCUGUAUUUUCAUCUUGAUGCAUCGAGACUGAUGCAUCCCUAUGCAUCAGUGUAGGAGAAUAUCCUUUAGUGUGGAGUGAAGUUGUGAACAGUCUUGGUAACUAGCUGUCUGCUAGCAGUGUCUGAUCUUAAUGUGUGCCAUACUCGGGAUAUUUUGAAUAGCCCAGAGCAUAUUGUCACCUGUAAUUUAGUAAACAAUAUGGUAGUUUAAA